UUGAAGAUGGCGGGAACAGUGGUCACCGACAGCGACUACCACCCACUAAAGGAAACAGUACAUGUAUGUCCAAUAUGUUUUGAAUCAUACAAAACACCACGGUUUCUACCAUGUCUGCAUACUUUUUGCCACGCUUGUCUAUCAUCAUACAUAAUGUCUUCGUGUCAACAAAAAAAACGACCCGUCGGAUUCGGGUGCCCCCUGUGCAGAAGUUUUGUUCCGGCACCAGUGUAUAAUAAAUCACCCGAAAAAUGGGCUGAAAAUUUUCCGAUAGAUAAACCAUUAGAAGCUCUGUGUGCGAAAGGUAAUGAAAUGAAUUACUGUGAUCCAUGCAAACGCAUGAACGAAAAAGUAAGGGCGACAGACUGGUGUAAAGAAUGCAUGGAAUCGCUGUGCUGCGCGUGUGCAAAAGCUCACGGCAGGAGUCGCACAAGCCAGAACCAUAAGCUGCUUACUCUGAUGAGUGAAAUGGGUGCUGAAGGAGGAGGACAUAGUCAUGUUGACAUUUGUAGAACACACACAAAGAAAAAGAUCAAGUAUUUCUGCCAGGAUCACCUGAUUCCUUGCUGCACACAGUGCAUUUGCACUGAACAUAGAGGCUGCAAGCAAGUAGACUCUAUCUUACAUGAAGCCCAAACUCUUUUUAAAGCAAAGAAAAUUGACAGUUUGUUAGUGGAAAUUGAGAAAUAUGGAAAAGCUGUUAAAAAGCUAAAAUCAGAGAGGGAAGAUAAUGUGGCAGAGCUUGACAACUCAUCAGACACCAUGCUUCAGAGUGCCGAUGAACUGAGAAAUAAAAUCAUUUCCCAUCUGGAUGCCAUGUUAGAAAAACAUAAGAAUGAAAUCUCAAAAACUAUCAAAGUCUGCAGAGAGAAGCAAUCAGUUGCAAUUGAAUGUUUUUCUGAUCACCAACAACUAGCCGAGUGCUAUGCAGGAACUCUGAAAAAAGUGAAAGAAGGAGGAGCCUCUGUUGAACUUGUGGUGGAAUAUCACAGGAUAAAGCAAGAAUUAUCAAAAAUAUUAAAUGAAAAAGUUUACUCAUCUACACUGAAACUGUCACAGAAGAUGGAUGAAAACCUUCAGGAGAUCUUGAAAGUUGCUGAAUUUGGAAAAUUAAAUCUUGAUGAAUGUUCAAAAGGGUUUGACUAUAAUCUAGCAUUAUGCACAAUGAAUUUGAUUUUUGAACUCGACCUAUCUGAUGGUAAUGUUACCGGUGGCUGUUUUCUUUCCAAUGAGGAGAUUCUUCUUAUUAACUUUGAAACUGAUUGCCUCGAACACUUCACAGCAGAUGGAAAACUUUCACACACUCUUCUGACUAAUUUCUUUCCUGAUGAUGCUUGUUUGAAAAACUCCACAAUGAACACUCUGUAUGUGACUUGCUCUGAUAUUUCUAAUGAGCAUUGUGGAGUCUAUAUGGUGAAGUUACCAGAGACUAACGAGGAAGCCAUGGAAAUUCUUAAACUGCCAUUGAAAAAAUCUUGCUAUGGAGUGACAUACAUGUCUGAAUUUUUGUAUGUAGCUUGUGAUGAUGUAAUCAUUAAAAUGAACUGUUAUGGGGAUAUUGUUUGGGAGUUCCAAACUGAGUAUGAAACCUACUCUGUUGCUGUGAACAAAAAAAAUCACAUUGUCUCUUCUUCAUGCUCUUCACACAGUGUUUUGGCCAUUGAUGAGUUUGGACAGAAAUUGUUCAAGUACAAACAUCCAGAACUCAAGUAUCCCUAUGGCUUAGACAUGGACUUAGAAGGAUACAUUUUUGUAGCUGGAAGAGACAGCAACAACAUUCAUAUCCUCUCUCCAACAGGGGAACUGAUUAAGAUAAUACCAGCACUCAAACCAAAGUGCAUCAAGUUUAGAAAAGACUCUCGAGUAUGUCUUAUUGGAAGUGAAAAAGCAUGCAAAACAAGGUUGUGUGAAUUUACAUGUAAGUAAGGUCUGAUUUAAUAAUGAAUGGUUUUCAAAAGUUCAGAAAAACAGUGAGAUGUGUGUUUGAAAUGUAAAAAAAAAGUUAUAUUUAAGAAAGCUACAUGUAGCCAUUUGAGAAUCAAUGUUCAUUCUUUAUUGAAAAAUAACAAGAACGAUUCUUUUACCGGUACAUAUAAUUUUAUAAGAUAUUCAGAUCUUCUUGGUACAGUUUUUCAGUUAACUAAUACAAAGUAUUAAUCACAAAUCACAAAGGAAUGUGAUUUCUAUUGUCUCAGUUUCGUUUAGGGCAAAGGAUGACAAGCCAUGUUAAAACUUGUUAACUUGUGUUCAUUGAAUGUAAAAUACAUGCAUUCCGUUAAUUUAUUUGUUAAAUAAUUAUAUAAAUUCUGGUACAGGC